GGAAGGGAGCUGAAAAAAAGUAUAAAACAUCCAGCAAACAUUAUCAAAACAUCAACAGUUUCAGUUCCAGUUCCAGUGGAAUAAUAAAUAAUAAACUAAUCAAAAUGAAAGUUUUCCUGAGUGUUUUCUGCUUGUUUGGAGCAGUUUUAUAUGCCCAGGCGUUCCAUGAUGAAGCAUCCAUGUUAAUGAUGGAAGAACCUCUGAAGAAAUGCGGUGAGCAGUUGAAAGUCGACAUUUCUCCAUUCAAAGCCGGACAGAAACCCGAUUUGGCCACAAUCAGCCAACCGCAAUACAAAUGUCUUGCUAAAUGCAUCAUGGAGCAGUUUGGAUUAGUUGAUGAUAGUGGUAAAUAUUUACCAGAGAAACUUAAGGAGUCUUUCCCAGACAUUCCGGAUGUAGUCGUUGGACAUGUUAAUGAUUGCAUCAAAGAAACCAAUGAGGCGGAUUUGUGUGACAUGUAUUCAAAGGUUCAACUUUGUAUCAUCAAGAAAAAGAUGUAAAACAUCCAGUUUUUUUGGAUGUUUUGACAAGUUUAAAUUCAUUAUAAAUUAUAAUUGUGUGAGUUAAUAAAGGUUUUCGUUCAUGGCA